UGCUUUGCGCCGUUAACUUCACAUGUUUGUUUUGUUUUGGCUUUUCAGCCUUUAUCUUGAGUCCUUGACUGACUUUCAAAUACAACGUAAGCGUUUUUGAGCCCUUUAGUUCAAACCACCUAUUAGUAGAUCCCAGUGACAAAGCUUUUUUAAAUAGCUUAAUUUUUUUACAAUUUAACAGUAAACGCUUACGCUAUAUUCAAAAUUCAUUCAACGGCUCAAAAACUGUACGAAAACAAACAUAAACAAACAGAGUGAACGGCAAAAAAGCAAACCUCCCGAAUACUACUGAUCAAUUUACGAUUUGUAAUAAUGUUCUCGUCAACAGGAUUCGACUUACAUCUUCUGGCCGCUGGUAUUUCUGACCCUCCAGUUGGGGAAGAGGUGGCAAGUAUAGUUGCUGAUACUCCCACGGUUGCAAAUUUCGAGGAAGUAGAAUUUGUAAACAAAACUACAAACAACACUUUCCUCGAAGGUGUUUCGAUGAUUAUAUCGUCAACGCCGAUAAGAAGAAGCGGAGUCAUAACAUUCACUGAUCCCCGACAAACACUUCCACUAGAUCUGUCAGUAUCAAUGAUUGAGAACGAGCAACCUUUAAAUUUAACGGUCCACACUAGCGAUGUUCCAUUAGAUCUGGCUAUGCCGAAAAGUAAUACUCCGAAGAAGUUAGCAACGGAAAAGACGAUAAAUUUGUGUGGUGAUACCCGAACAGAACCAAAGCUUAACCAUAUCAUCUCUUCCGUCCACUCAUCAAGGGAUUCUUCCCGAAUCUGUCGAAUAUCUGGAAAAAUCUUCAAACGCUCGGUUUACUUUGCCGGUACCAAACGACACUUCCCGGAUGUAUUGAGCUCAAAUACGAUAUAUCAAAUCCAACCUGGUCACAGUUCAUAUUUGGGAGUGCUAAUAUAAGAACUGUUGUUUGACCGGAUCCAAUUAACAGAAAGCCAAUCGCUUUGCCACAAGCUAAGUUGGAUGAUUUGAGGAAGCAAUUAAAAUAUAUUAAAAACAAACCAUACUACGAAACGUUCCUCAAAGAAAUAGUUCCCAAAAAAAGAGGUCGGAAACCAGUGAAUAAGCUCCCGAUAACUUCGAUAUGGAUAUGGACAUGGAACUUCAUGAAGAAGAAAUUGAUGUAACCCUUUGUUUAGCGAGUGUGAUCCUCUCAUAUGAUUGUUUGUGUAUAUGCUGACAAUAAAAAUAAAUA